AAAGUAAAUCAAAUCCAGCCGAAGAGAGAGAGAGAGACUUUAACCUGAACCUAGUUAGGUUGUUCCUUCUUCUAUGUCGAUGUCAGAAUCUCUAUUCUUCGAGCUCUAUCAAGUUUUUUUCUCAUCAAUUGGAGCUGCAUGGUUCCAAAUUCUGAGGUAAUUGUUUAUGUUCAACCCCACCAUAGCUACACUCUGCCGUUCUCUGCUUAAAAAAAUGAUCUCUUUUUUUUUCAAUUGAGUUAUUGACACGUUUAUCAAGGCCUUGGAAAUAUUCUUAAUUUUGACUGUGAAUGAGAAUUUUGGAUCUUGAUCCGGGGUGAAUUUUUGGGUCUGCUUCAGAUUUUUGAGCCUAGGGGUAUAUGUGGUUGAAACAAUUAAAUGUCUUGAUUGUUUGGUGGGUGUGAGGGUGGAAUAGGGGUCUGAAUCUGAAAUUUUGUUUAAUCUGGGGAUUUGAGGGAAUUAGAGGACAUGGAUUGUGUUGGGCAUUCUUCUGAAUCAGGGUCUAGUGUGUGUAUUGCUCAAUCAGUAGAGAAUGGAGUUUUUGGUGGAGAUGGGAGAUGCUGUAAGCAAGCUUCCUCUCCAAGGAGUGGAGGAUCAAGGAAUACUAGUCCAAUGGGCCGUGCUGUGUCCCGGAACACCAGCCCUUCACGGCAGAAGGUUGUUAAGACCAAGCCAAGGGGUUUGGAUGAGGAAACACUUGCCACAUUUGGUAAGGCAGUGCAUGUUGAUGUUCAAAUGGAGGAUAGUAUAUGGGCAAUGUUACCUGAGGACUUGUUGCAUGAGAUCUUAGCUAGGGUCCCUCCAUUUCUGAUUUUUCGGCUUCGAUCGGUAUGUAAACGGUGGAAUUCACUGCUUCAAGAUAGUACUUUUCUCAAAUUCCAUUCCAGUGUGCCAUCACAUGGGCCUUGUCUUCUUACAUUUUGGAAGAACACGCAGAUCCCGCAAUCUUCAGUCUUCAGCUUGCCACUGAAAACUUGGUAUAGAAUACCUUUCUCAUUUUUGCCACAGUGGGCAUUCUGGUUAGUUGGCUCCUCUGGUGGUCUUGUUUGCUUUUCUGGUCACAAUGGGCUAACGUUUAAGACCUUGGUUUGUAACCCCCUCACACAAACUUGGAGGGCAUUGCCUAGUAUGCAUUAUAAUCAGCAAAGGCAACUGAUAUUGGUUGUUGAUCGGGUAGAUCGGUCAUUUAAAGUGAUUGCCACUAGUGAUAUUUAUGGUGACAAGUCAUUGCCAACUGAGAUUUAUGACUCAAAAACAGACAGUUGGUCAGUUCAUCAGAUUAUGCCGGCAGUUAAUCUCUGCUCUUCAAAGAUGGCAUAUUGUGACUCCAGAUUGUACUUGGAAACCCUUUCACCACUUGGUUUGAUGAUGUAUAGACUAGAAACAGGUCACUGGGAACAUAUUCCAGCAAAGUUUCCACGCUCAUUACUGGAUGGGUAUUUGGUUGCUGGUACCCAGAAGCGUCUUUUUCUUGUUGGAAGGAUUGGCCUUUACAGUACUCUACAGAGUAUGAGAAUUUGGGAAUUGGAUCAUAAUGAAAUUACAUGGGUGGAGAUCAGUAGGAUGCCCUCACGGUAUUUCCGUGCUUUAUUGAGAUUAUCAGCUGAGAGAUUUGAAUGCUUCGGGCAGGAUAAUUUAAUAUGCUUCACAUCUUGGAACCAAGGGAAGGGCCUUCUAUAUGACGUGGAUAAAAAGAUCUGGUCUUGGAUUGGUGGGUGUGCUCUUCAGUCAUACAACAAUCAAGUUUGUUUCUAUGAGCCAAGGUUUGAUGCUUCUAUCUACUAAGCUAGAGUCUCCUGACAUGAUGUCAGAUGCACAUCAACAUUUACUAAACAGAGGUUUACCUGUGAUUUUCUUCUUGACGUGUUUUCUUUGAAGUGACAUGCUCUCUAACCAUUCAUAUUGUUAUUUCUUCACAAUGGGCUGAUUUGUUUAUCAUUUAAAUAUCUUACAAGUUACCAUGAACAGCAUGCCUGACUAUGAAUUCAGAUUUUGUGAAUGGAAUUGAUGGUGAAACAUAAUGCUAGCAGUAAUGUGACAGCUUGACUGGGAUUUAAAGCUGAUGUACACUGCUCAGUAAAGGUUAUAAACUUCUAAAUAAGGGUUGGAGUGUUUGGAAGAUCUAUGUGGCUGAUGGGUGAAUUUUAAAAGACAUUUUCUUCCCUGAACAUUGCCACUUGAAAAUGCUUAGGGCAUUGAAAUUGUGCAUCUUAAACUUCAACUGCUUCCAUGUUCGAUGGCUUAUCAGUGUAAUGUAACUGUUUUAUAACUUGUCUUGAAAUUGACCAUAUGUAAAUUUCUCAUGUAAAUGGAUUCUCCAAACUUCUUUUUUGAAAAAAAGAACUCAUGAAGAAAAUGUACUUUAUAAUCUUGGCAUCUUGAUCUUGAUCAGAUUAUAGAAAUUGAUCUAACUUGUUAGUUAUCUAUACUAUUGUGCUAGUCUCUGAUGCCAAUACUAAAAGUGUUUAAAGUUGAGAUAGGAUAUUCAAAUGAAUGCUAAGGCUAGUAUUUCU